CCUUUUUCUUUUUCGUUCUCCCUUUCUCCAUUCACCCCCUCUCCAUCGUUUCCCUCAAAAAGAAAACCUCGGUAGCGUCAACUCACACCAUAUUCUCCACUCGCUUGCUCUGUCUGUGUGGAAUUCUCAGAUCCGCGAUCGUCUUCCUCCGAAAAAGGAAUCUGACAUGGGGAAGUGGAAGCGGGAGUGAAGGCGCAAGCGAGACGGUGGGGAUCGUUGUGAUCGUCUUCCUCCAAGGGAAGAAAUCGUCUUGGGUAAGCGGAAGCUGAAGCGAGGUGGUGGUGAGGGUUGGAGGAGAUGGCUUCCUCUCGAAGAGGGGCGCAGCAGCCGCCAGCGCGGCAGAUACUCCGGACGCAGACGGCCGGCAACCUUGGAGAGUCGAUGUUCGACAGUGAGGUCGUGCCAUCCUCCCUGGACGACAUCGCCCCCAUCCUCCGCGUGGCCAACGAGGUCGAGCAGGAAGACCGCCGAGUCGCUUAUCUCUGUCGGUUCUAUGCGUUUGAAAAGGCUCAUAGACUAGAUCCAACUUCAAGCGGACGUGGUGUUCGUCAAUUCAAGACUGCUCUAUUGCAGCGUCUAGAAAGGGAGAAUGAUCCCACUUUAGAGGGAAGGUUACAAAAAAGUGAUGCACGCCAAAUGCAGACCUUUUAUCAACAAUACUAUAAAAGAUAUAUUCAAGAGCUUCAAAAUGCUGCUGAUAAAGCUGACCGUGCUAAACUUUUCAAAGCAUACCGAACUGCUGCUAUAUUAUUUGAGGUCUUAAAAGCUGUCAAUCUUACUCAAUCUGUUGAAGUUGAUCAUGAGAUAUUGGAAGCUGCCCAUAAAGUCGAGGAAAAGAAAAAGGCACUUGGACCUUACAAUAUUCUCCCUCUUGAUCCUGAUAGUGCAAGUCAGGCAAUUAUGCUGUAUCCCGAGAUUCAAGCUGCUGUCAGAGCUCUUCGGAAUACCAGGGGCUUACCAUGGCCAAAGGGCCACACUAAGAAAGUAGAUGAAGAUAUUCUCGACUGGCUACAGUUAAUGUUUGGUUUUCAGUCAGUUAUGUUGUCAUAUAUGCAGAAGGAUAAUGUAUCUAAUCAAAGGGAGCAUCUUGUUUUGUUACUGGCGAAUGUCCACAUACGCCAAAACCCGAAUUCUGACCAACAACCAAAGUUGGAUGACCAUGCAUUAGAUCAUGUUAUGAAAAGGUUGUUUAAGAAUUACAAGAAGUGGUGCAAAUACCUGGACCGCAAUAGCAGCCUUUGGCUACCAAAUAUCCAACAAGAAGUGCAACAACGAAAGCUGCUAUAUAUGGGCCUCUACCUUCUUAUCUGGGGUGAAGCUGCAAACUUGCGAUUCAUGCCCGAGUGUCUCUGCUAUAUCUAUCAUCAUAUGGCAUUUGAAUUAUAUGGCAUGCUAGCUGGGAAUGUGAGUCCAAUGACUGGUGAGAACAUAAGACCUGCUUAUGGGGGUGAUGAAGAAGCUUUUCUGAAAAAAAUUGUGACUCCAAUAUAUGAGAUAAUAGCAAAGGAAGCUAAAAAGAGCAACAGUGAAAGAUCAAAACAUUCACAAUGGAGAAACUAUGAUGAUUUAAAUGAAUAUUUUUGGUCUGUUGAUUGUUUCCACUUGGGUUGGCCAAUGCGGGCUGAUGCUGAUUUCUUUUGCAGUCCACAGAAUUCACGUGAUGAGAGAAAUGAAGAAUCCAAGCUUGCUAAAGGACAACAAUGGAUUGGGAAAGUUAAUUUUGUCGAGAUCCGUUCAUUUUGGCAUAUUUUUCGUAGUUUCGAUAGGAUGUGGAGCUUCUUUAUCUUAUCUUUACAGGUCAUGAUAAUUCUUGCCUGGAAUGGUGGCUCACCAAGUGACAUCUUCGAUCCUGCAGUAUUUAAAAAGGUGCUAAGCAUCUUUAUUAGUGCUGCCAUACUGAAGUUAGGACAAGCUAUCCUGGAUAUUAUGCUUAGUUGGAAGGCAAGAAAAAGUAUGUCAUUACCAGUUAAGCUGAGAUAUAUCUUAAAGGUAAUUUCAGCUGUUGCAUGGGUGAUAAUAUUGCCGGUGACAUAUGCCUACACAUUAGAAAGUCCUACUGGACUUGGAAGGAUUAUGAAAGGUUGGGUUGGUAAUGGACAAAGUCAGCCGUCAAUAUACUAUUUGGCAGUUGUCAUAUACUUGUCACCAAAUAUGCUUACAGCUUUGUUGUUUCUGUUUCCAUCACUGAGACGGUAUCUUGAAAGUUCCAAUUACAAAAUUAUCAUGCUGAUGAUGUGGUGGUCUCAGCCUCGUCUCUUUGUUGGGAGGGGAAUGCAUGAAGGACCUUUCUCACUUUUUAUGUAUACAUUAUUCUGGGUGUUGCUCAUACUAACAAAGCUGGUGUUUAGUUACUAUAUUGAGAUUAAGCCUCUUGUUAGCCCGACAAAAGAUAUCAUGAGAAUUCCAAUAAGAACUUUCCAGUGGCAUGAGUUCUUUCCUCAAGCAAAGAACAAUAUUGGUGUUGUAAUUGCCCUUUGGGCUCCAAUUAUUCUUGUUUAUUUCAUGGAUACUCAGAUUUGGUAUGCAAUCUUCUCCACGUUAGUUGGUGGGAUUUAUGGUGCUUGUCGUCGUCUUGGAGAGAUUCGAUCGUUGGAGUUGCUACGAUCCAGAUUUGAAUCACUUCCUGACCAAUUUAAUGCCCGUCUUAUUCCAGUUAACAAUUCUGAGAACAAAAAAAAGGGGCUAAAGGCUUCUUUAUCCCGUCGGUUUGGUCAGAUGCCUAACAUUGCUAAAGAGAAACAACCGUAUGCUGAUAAACAGAUGCGAGCUAGAUUUGCUCAAAUAUGGAACACAAUUAUCACAAGCUUCCGGAAAGAGGAUCUUAUAAGCAAUAGGGAGAUGGAUUUGUUGCUUGUUCCAUACUGGGCAGAUCGGGAGCUUGACCUACCCCAAUGGCCUCCUUUCUUGCUUGCUGGCAAGAUUCCAGUAGCUGUGCACAUGGCCAAAGAUAGCAAGGGAAAUGACCAUGAACUUCUAAAAAGGCUCCAAACAGAUGAUUAUAUGCAAUGUGCUGUUCAUGAAUGUUAUUUGUCAUGCAAAAUUAUUAUUAGAAACUUAGUUAAAGGUGCUCGUGAGGUGGUGGUCAUUAGGAAGAUAUUUGACGUGAUUAAUUCACAUAUAUCAAGUAAGACACUCAUAAGUGAAUUGCAAAUGAAAGCUCUUCCAGAUCUGUAUGAUCUAUUUGUCAAGUUGAUUGAAUACCUGAUGGAUAAUAAUGCAGGAGACUUCAAGAAUGUUAUCCGUUGUUUCCAAGACAUGCUUGAGGUUGUGACGAAGGACAUAAUGGAGGGAGAAUUCCCUAGUAUGUUAGAUUCUAGUAAUGGAGGUUCAAAUGGAAGUCAUGAAGGCAUUGCUCCACUGGAUAAUCAGGCUCCAUUGUUUGCAUCAACUGGAGCUAUUAUAUUUCCUUACCCAGUGUCAGAUUUUUGGACGGAGAAGAUCAAAAGGCUAUAUCUGCUGCUUACUGUUAAGGAGUCUGCAAUGGAUGUACCAACUAACCUUGAAGCCAGACGGCGUAUUACUUUCUUUAGUAACUCUCUUUUUAUGGAUAUGCCUGAUGCACCAAAAGCUCAUAACAUGCUUUCAUUCUCAGUUUUGACACCUUAUUACAAUGAAGAUGUUCUGUUCUCUCUAAGUAAUCUCGAAGAGCCAAAUGAGGAUGGAGUAUCUAUUCUAUUUUAUCUGCAGAAAAUAUAUCCAGAACAAUGGACCAACUUCCUUGAGAGGGUAGAUUGCAAAACAGAAGAGGAGCUAAAAGCUUCUGAAGAGCUGGAAGAGGAACUUCGCCUUUGGGCUGCAUAUAGGGGCCAGACCUUAACUCGGACAGUUAGAGGAAUGAUGUACAAUCGGAAAGCCUUGGAACUUCAAGCUUUUCUGGAUAUGGCUAAAGAAGAAGAUCUUAUGGAAGGUUAUAAAGCGGCUGAAUUGAUGUCUGAGAAGCAUUCAAAAUUAGAAAGAUCUUUAUGGGCAAAAUGCCAAGCUGUAGCUGAUAUGAAGUUCACAUAUGUGGUUUCUUGCCAGCAGUAUGGGAUUGACAAAAGAUCUGGUCACCAACGUGCACAAGAUAUUUUAAAGCUCAUGAGAGUGUAUCCAUCUCUUCGUGUGGCUUAUAUUGAUGAGGUUGAGGUAACUAGUACUACUGAAAGUAGGAAAACAUAUAAAGACUAUUAUUCUGUUCUGGUGAAGGCUUCCUUGUCUAAGACUGAUGAUCCAUCCGAGCAAGUACAAAAUCUUGACCAGGAGAUCUAUCGAAUAAAACUUCCAGGCCCUGCAAUUCUGGGUGAAGGGAAGCCAGAAAACCAAAACCAUGCUAUUAUCUUCACACGUGGUGAAGGUCUACAAACUAUAGAUAUGAACCAGGAUAACUACAUGGAAGAGGCCUUUAAAAUGAGAAACUUGCUGCAAGAAUUUUUGAAAAAGCAUGAUGGUGGCAGAUAUCCUUCUAUCCUAGGAGUUAGAGAGCAUAUAUUUACAGGAAGUGUUUCAUCUCUUGCAUGGUUCAUGUCAAAUCAGGAGCAUAGUUUUGUAACUAUUGGACAACGGUUGCUUGCAAACCCCUUAAAGGUUCGUUUUCACUAUGGUCAUCCAGACGUAUUUGAUAGACUUUUCCACCUCACAAGGGGUGGUGUGAGUAAAGCAUCAAAGAUCAUUAAUUUAAGUGAAGACAUAUUUGCAGGAUUUAAUUCCACUCUUCGUGAGGGCAUUGUAACUCAUCAUGAAUACAUGCAAGUUGGCAAAGGAAGAGAUGUCGGUCUUAACCAGAUCUCACUUUUUGAGGCAAAGAUAGCAAAUGGAAAUGGGGAGCAAACUCUGAGUCGUGAUAUAUAUAGGCUUGGGCACCGAUUUGACUUCUUUAGGAUGCUUUCAUGCUAUUUCACAACUGUGGGCUUCUAUUUUAGUACCUUGGUAACCGUCCUUACAGUUUAUGUCUUCCUAUAUGGUCGUCUUUAUCUAGUCCUUAGUGGUCUCGAGGAAGGGCUAGCAACUGGCAGAAGGUUUAUCCAUAACCAACCACUUCAGGUUGCUCUUGCAUCACAAUCGCUGGUGCAGCUUGGAUUUCUAAUGGCUCUACCAAUGAUGAUGGAAAUUGGCCUGGAACAGGGAUUCCGCACUGCAUUAAGUGAAUUCAUUCUGAUGCAGUUGCAACUGGCUUCAGUGUUCUUUACAUUUUCUCUUGGAACUAAGACUCACUAUUAUGGAAGGACAUUGCUGCAUGGAGGUGCAGAAUAUAGAGGUACAGGCCGUGGUUUUGUGGUCUUCCAUGCAAAGUUUGCAGACAACUAUAGGCUAUAUUCUCGAAGUCAUUUUGUGAAGGGGAUUGAAUUGCUGAUUUUGCUUGUUGUUUACCAAAUCUUUGGCCAGUCAUAUAGAUCUGUAGUUGCUUAUAUUUUUAUUACAAUUUCAAUGUGGUUCAUGGUGGGUACAUGGCUUUUUGCUCCUUUCUUAUUCAAUCCAUCGGGCUUUGAGUGGCAAAAGAUUGUUGAUGACUGGACUGAUUGGAGCAAGUGGAUUAGUAAUCGCGGAGGCAUCGGUGUUUCACCAGAGAAAAGCUGGGAAUCAUGGUGGGACAAGGAGCAAGAGCAUCUUAAAUAUUCUGGAACACGUGGGAUCAUCACUGAGAUAGUGCUUGCGUUGCGCUUCUUUAUUUACCAAUAUGGGCUUGUCUAUCACUUGAAUUUUACCAAGAAGACUAAAAGUAUUCUGGUAUAUGGCCUUUCAUGGCUAGUUAUAUUUGUUGUCCUGCUUGUCAUGAAGACUGUAUCAGUGGGAAGGCGCAGAUUCAGCGCAAGCUUUCAGCUUGUUUUUCGGUUGAUCAAGUUUCUAAUUUUUUUGGCAUUCGUUUCCAUUUUGAUCACUUUAAUUGCCCUGCCUCACAUGACAAUCCAAGACAUCGUGGUGUGCUUCCUAGCUUUCCUGCCGACUGGAUGGGGAAUGCUUUUGAUUGCCCAAGCUUGUAAACCUCUUGUCAAAUGGAUUGGUUUGUGGAGCUCAGUGCGUGCAUUAGCUCGAGGCUAUGAGAUCAUGAUGGGACUGCUCCUCUUCACCCCAAUUGCUUUCUUGGCCUGGUUUCCAUUUGUUUCCGAGUUUCAAACACGUAUGCUCUUUAAUCAGGCCUUCAGUAGGGGUCUGCAGAUUUCUCGUAUUCUUGGUGGGCACAAGAAGGAUCGCUCCUCAAAGAAUAAGGAGUAAAUCAGCUUCCUCAAUUGUAUGAUGAUCCUAUUUGAAGAUGAUGGACCAUAAAGCGAGGGGAAGAAAGAGUCAUAUGAGCCUUUGGAGAUGAUGAUAGGUUCUUCUAGAGUUGCUGAUGGAUCAUUUAUCGGUGCCCAGAUGCCAUGCGAAAGAUGAGAUGUGUGAGAAAGAGAGAGAGAGAGAGAGAAGGGGUUGUAAUCCACAUUUUCUGGAAGCCUUUGGUGGAUAAAUGUCUUGUCUCGCAUCACGGAUUCUUCUAUUUUGCUCACCCACCAUUCACAGUAUGUUGGAGAGAGCAGGGGAAAAGGGAACCCAUUGAUAGUGACCAUCGACCUCCACGAUGAUGAUGGUAAUGAUGAAGAUGACUGUUUUAGGUUGAUGAAACAAUUUAUGAGCUUACACGUUGAGUUCCUUAAUGUCUUUUGUUUCUCCUCGCUUAUGUCUCGGAUGCCACCCGACGUUUUAGUUUAUAUUAACAGCCUUUACGCCUGUCAUAUUUAGUAUUGCUUGCUUUAUGAAUCAAUGUGUGCUGUGCUCUA